AUGGUUGUUAUAAGAUCAAAUAAUAAACCCUUAAUUGCUCAUUUGGUGCAAAAUGUUGACAUAUUCAAGGGGGGAUUGUUCAAAACUGCAACCGAGCACAAAGAGCAAAUUCGGUAUUUCAGUCAACAGGAUCUUCGUGAACUUUUUAGUCUACCCAAGCAGGGCUUUGAUGUUUCCCCCACUCAGCAGCAACUGCAUGAAGAGCAUGAUCGACUUCACACAAUGAUUGAGUCCCUGAAAGGCCACAUAGACUUCCUAGAGACUCUGGGCAUAGCAGGUGUUAGUCACCAUAGUUUACUUUUCUCCAAGACGGCCCCUGUACCUGUCGCUCAGGAAGAUGAGGAAGUAAUAAGGGUGAAGGGGACUACAAUUGUGGGGAACUCAUCUGGUUCAAGCUCGUCACUUCAAUAUAAUGUUGAGGGUAGUGCGUACGCAUUCAAGCCAAAGGAUGUGAAAUUGCCCACAAAGAAUGCUUCCCCUAAUUGUGCAAGUGAACCAACAGAAACUGAAAUCAGGGAGAGAAUCAAGAGACUGUCGCAGAUUGUUGCAAACAAGAUUACAGUUACAAAGUUACCGGAUAAAGGAGAAAGAAUACAAAAGCAAAUUGCUGAAUUGAAUUUACAGUUAGAGCAGAUACGGACGGCAAAAAGAACUGAAAAAGAGAUCGUUCAUUUGGAUGAUAUAUCUGGAGACCUUCAGAGGGUGUUGAAUGUGUAG